AUGCGCUUGAGUAGCAUAUUUCUUCUGGCGACUGCUGCAGCUGCUAUAUCAAGCGCCGCAAAUUCCUCCGAUCCCGAAAGAAAGGUCGUCAGCCCUUCGACCACUGGGCCUUCCAGUGUGCAAGGCGAUGUCGGAGUUGCUGACACCCCCGCGGAAGAGAGGGCGCCACAGCCUAAAUUGAAAUCGCUGGGCGUCACCACGAACGAUGAGGCUGCAACCCAAUUCUUGCGCACAGUGGCUGAUCGCGUCGACUCGACGCAAACGGGAAAUGCUUGGGAACCAGCGAGAGAUUUGGAUCGGGAAACCUUGAUGCUCUACAUGUUCACGCAUCCCCUGAGCUACCGGCAGAUAAGGACCGUGCUGCAGACCACUGGCUCCACUAGAGGAGCCCAAGAGCGGAAGUUGCUGUCGCAAAUUCAAAAUUGGAGAAAACAGUUGUUGGAGGGCUGGACGCAGGAUAAAACUGUUCCGAUUAAAAAGCGAUGGGUAAAUGCAAGAAAGAAUCGGAUGCUUUCGGCUCUAAAGAAUCUCAUUCAAGCAUCCGUCGGUCACCGCAUGAGCAAUGACGCGAUCGAUUCUGAACUUGAGACAGUGCUCAUCGUUGCCCGCCAAAUUAGUGCUUUCAAUCAGGCUUUCGGCACAGAUUUCACGCUGAUGAAUGUGCUGCCAAAACUGAAUGAAGUGGUGGCCAGAUUCGCGAAAAGGUUGACGAUUGCGGAGAAGAAAGUGACCGGUGGGUCGGAAGCAAGACGUUUGCUGGAGAGACACGUAAAGAAAUGGCUGGGCACCAACAAACGAACUCAGGAAAACGAGAGAACGUACGACGAAUACAUCAAGCUCUCCACCAAACUACAACCCGGUGACCCGAUUGUGGUCGAAGCGUACGUGGAUCCCUUGGUGUUAAGUGAGAAACUCCCGAAACCGCAUGGAAAUGUCAUGACGAAGAAACUUGAUGCCGAGUGA